GUCAAAAAAAGGUCAAAUAGGAAUUAGGGUUCUUGAGGAUCUAUAAGGACUGUGAGAGAUUAGGGUUUUUGUAUCGAGGAGGAAUGAGGCAAGUUCGCGAGUGGCUCUACAUUGGCAACGCUGACGACGCGGGUAGUUUCGUCUCUGGGUCUCGGCAUGGAUUCACCCACAUCCUCACUCUAGCUCCAGUUUGCUUGGGCGAUGGCUGCAACUUCAUCAAAGUCGUGCCCGAGUAUCGCAUGGAAGAGUUCGAUCGUGUAGCCCGGCAGCUCCAGGAGAAGUGCCCCGGCUUUGCUGGCACUCAGCCAGUGCGCAAGAUCGUCCCGUUGGUGGACGAGGAGAGCCAGGACAUAGCCCAGGUGCUGCGAGAGUGCCUGGGUUUCAUUGAUCGAGGGGUGGAGGAGGGGAUUGUUCUCGUCCACUGCAUUGGCGGCUUCUCUCGCAGCGCGUCGGUGGUGACGGCGUAUUUGAUGUGGAAGGAGGGGCUGGGCAUGGACGAGGCGCUCGAGUCCCUGAGGAGAUGCAAGGAGGGGAUUCGCCCAAACGCGGGAUUUAUCAAGCAGCUGCGAGAAUUCGAGCAAAGAGGUGACGAGUUUGAUGUGUCGCAAGAUCGUGAGACCGAGCACAAAGCUAUGGAGUAUCGAUGUAAACUGUGCAAGAGAGAAAUGGUUGUAUGAUUGAAACUUUCAAUAUAGAGUAGUGGAUCAAGGCUCUA